AUGCACAUUGGUAAAGCAUUCGCUCCAGCAAAGGAAGAUGAUGAUUCUAAGUCUCACAUGAUCGUGACGACGGAAGAAAAUGUUUAUUUAAUGAGUGUCCUGGUCAACAAUAAUGUUGAUUUAUCUGCCGAGGACAAAGACGAUGAUACUAAGGUUGUGGUUUGGAAUCCGUAUACGGGACAAACAAUGUGGAUCGAACUCAGAUAUCCUCACGUCUUAUCCUGUUCGAAACAGUUCAGUUGCGGUUCGGAAGGGUUCCGUUACGGUAUCGGAUACGAAGAUAAGGGAUCUGGUCGUAGCUUCAAAAUAUUGAGAAAAAGGGACGAAUAUGAUUAUGGUUGGGGCGAACACGACCACAUAAUCUGUUUUGACUAUACAAGAGAGAGAUUUGGGCCACUUCUGCCUCUGCCGUAUAGAGACCGUGUGAGAAUCUUGUCUAGUGUUAGAGAAGAGAAGCUUGCGGUUGAGUUCAACUAUGCAUAUCCGCAUGGGUAUUCGAUAUGGAUGACGACUAUGAUUGAGGCCGAAAAGGUGUCGUGGAGCAACUUCUAUAAAGAGGACUAUGGUGAGUAUGAAGAAGAUGAUGAUGAUGAUGAUGAUGAUGGUGAAUAUUCAGUCCCUUAUUACAUUCGUGUUCGGAUUUCAUUUGGGGGUUUCUAUAUUGACCAACGGGAGAAAAUGGCCAUUCUUUCUUGCCGAGGCUCGAAAUGUCGCAUAGUUGGGGAAGUGGAUCUCAAAGAACAUCGGCGAAAAUGUGUGUGCUGUUAUGUUCCAAGUUUAGUGCAAAUCAAGCAACCUAAGGAAGCCAAAGGGAGAGAAAACAAAGUGAUGUAG